CACCUGCGAUGGCUCCUCCCACUAGAGUAUAGAAGCACCGGUCUCGCCUCGGCGCCUCCGCCCUCUCCUGGUGCAUCGCCAGAUCCUGCCGUCAUCCUCCUCAGGAACUGUUCUGUGGCAUCUUCAGCUGGCACAAUGUCGAUUGUUUCUCUCUCCUCAUCCUGCGUUCUGACAAGCAGCAUUAAGUGCCAGCCCUCUUCUCCACUGAUCAAGAGCCCAUCCUCGUUGAGCUCCUUGAAGUGCAUCUCAAAAGCAUCAAACUUGAAGAUAUCAAACUGCUUCAGGGCAUCGGCCAUGGCGGUCUACACGGUGAAACUAAUCGACCCAGAGGGGCAGGAACAUGAAUUUGAAGCUCCAGACGAUACCUACAUUCUGGACGCAGCUGAGGCUGCAGGCGUAGACCUUCCUUACUCUUGCCGUGCCGGAGCAUGUUCUACGUGUGCUGGUCAGAUGGUGUCUGGUAACGUUGAUCAGUCCGAUGGAUCCUUCCUUGACGAAUCACAGAUGGCCAAGGGUUAUCUUCUUACCUGUGUCUCUUACCCAAGAUCCGACUGCAUCAUCCACACUCAUAAAGAAGGUGAUCUCUAUUGAUUGUCUGUGGUUGGGUUAACACCUUUAGUUGUGCUUGAAAUGAAUCAAAUAAUAUGCAAUUCCAAAGCUAGGGUUUUGUUGUUCAGAGGGUAGUGGUUCUCUGAUCAGGAAUUCUUGGUCUUGCUUUCAUAAUCUCAGUACUGGUGCUGAUACUGUAGUAUUUAUGAUCAGACGUUUUAAUUUUGCUUGAAAUUUAUUUAUGGUAGCAGCAAUUAUCUGAA